GAGAGAGUGAGAGAGAGUGAGAGAGAGAGAGAGAAGUGAUUCAGGAAGGAUAUAGAGUGGUAGAUUGAGAGAAUGAGAGAGAGUGUAUGAGAGAGCAGGAUAUGUGAGACGCUGACGCUGAUCUACGUAUGAAUGUGUGUGUGUGAGAGAGAGAGAGAGAGAGAGAGAGCGAGAGAGAGAUGCUUGUGUAUGCGUGCAUGCGCGCAGAUCUCCUCUCCUGAGCUGCUGCUGGUUGGCAGACUUGGGAGCGAUAGUGGAGUGGAUUGUGAACAAACCAACACACACACACACACACACACACACACACACACCUCAGAGUGCAGUGGAGGUAACCCAGUUCCAUAUCUCUGCAGAUGUGAAGACAGAAGCGCGAGGGUAAGAGUCAGAUCUUUUUUUGGUUUUGUGUUUUGUUUUUUUUUUGAGCGCGCGCGUGUACAGAAAGCUCGCAAGGGUUGCGCGCGGGGAAAGUGUGUGAACGACUGCGUGCGUGUGUGCGUGUGUGUGUGUGUGUGUGUGUGUGUGGUGCUGUAGAGAAAUAAAUACACGAAAACAUGCGCAUGCAUAUUGAUGGUGAUGGUGAUGAUGAUGAUGAUGAUGAACGGGUUUCUGCACAACGGCGCGCGCGUAGAGAAGGAAAAGAAAACCUCUGCUGUUGGUGUGCAGCUGCUCUGAGACCGCGUGUAGAUCAACUCCCCGGGUUGUGAGAUGAGACGAGAAGCAAAUGACUUGUGGUUUAUUUAUUUAUUUAUUUUUAUGUGUAUAUAUAUAUAAAUAUAAAUGUAUUUCUGUGUGUUGCAGUUCCAUAACGUGUGCACGAGGCGCACGCGGUGUUGAAAUACCCGCAUGUUGAUCCUGAUAGAGAGGAUGAGGAUGGAGAGCAGCAUUGCGGGGUGUGUGGAUGUCUCUCAGGUGUCUGAUCUGACUGGAAUGUUUUCUGUUGUGGUUUUUUUUUUUUUUUUAAGCGGAAGUGAAGUUAAUGUGAUGAUCAGAUACCGUCUGGGUGUGAUGCAUUGAUUUUUCCGCCACCUUGUUUGAUUGCAUGCGCGCGGUGUGUGUGUGUGUGUGUGUGUGUGUGUGUGUGUUUUCUUCAUCAUCAGGUUUAGUGCUUUCAAGCCGCGGUUAUGUCAAGGUGCCAAAACAGCACCUAAGAGCCUCUCUGAAGUCCAUCUCGGUGAUAUAGUUAAUGCUUCACUGCUGUAAAAUGAGCGAUCGACUACAAGAAGAAAGAAAAGAAAAGAAAAGAAAAGAAAGAAAAGGGGGAAACGCAGGCUGGGAGCUGAGAAGUGCACGAGCAGAUUAUGUUUUAUGGAGUGCCUGUAGAGAUCCCUCGGUGGAAUCCCAGUCUCCAACGAACUGUGACCCCUGCAGCUCCCAGCCAUCUCUCCAGGAUGUGAAUGCGGCUUGUCGGGCUUCUGCGGGUGUCUGGGUUUAAAGCACGAGGAUGGGUUUAAAGCAUAAAGAUGGACAUGUGGUGCGCUGAGCUGGGAGGCUGGGCCUGAUCUCCGUCCUCAGGCCUCUCUUUAACAUGAGAGCCUGUUUGAGCUCUCUGCUGCUGGGCCUCUUCGCGCUCCAGAGGAGCCUCGGCAGCCCGUCUACGGCAGGCCUUGGUUUAAACACGCACUCUCACAACCGAACCAGACUUCCCGUGGGUCCGGUCCUAAACGCGCACGCUCACAACCGAACCAGACUUCCCGUGGGUCCGGUCCUAAACGCGCACGCUCACAACCGAACCAGACUUUCUGCGGGCUCGGUCCUGAACGCACACGCACAAAAUCGGACUAAACUCCCAGAGGGAGGGAAGGACCCCCAUCACCGGCCCAAGAGGGGUUGGGUGUGGAAUCAGUUCUAUGUUUUGGAGGAGCACAUUGGACCGGAGCCACAAUAUGUCGGAAAGUUGCGCUCCAACUCGGAUAAGGGCGACGGCUCGGUGCGUUAUCUCCUUUCAGGAGAAGGCGCUGGCACCAUCUUCACCAUUAAUGAGUCUACAGGAGACAUUCAUGCCACCAAGAGCCUGGACCGUGAGAAGAAGAACCACUACGUCCUCCACGCUCGAGCCAUCCACAGCGUCACGCACCACACCGUGGAGCCCGAGUCCGAGUUCAUCAUCAAGGUUCAGGAUGUGAACGACAACGCACCUACCUUCCCCAACGGCCCGUUCACUGCCUCCGUACCCGAGAUGGCCGACAUCGGAACAUCAGUUAUCCAGAUCACUGCCACCGACGCCGACGACCCCACGUACGGCAACAGCGCCAGGAUAGUCUACAGCGUCCUGCAGGGGCAGGCAUAUUUCAGCAUCGACCCGAAAACCGGUGUCAUUAGGACAGCGCUGGCCAACAUGGACAGAGAAACCAGAGAAAUGUACUCCAUCAUCAUCCAAGCCAAAGACAUGGCCGGUUCAGUGGGGGGUCUUUCAGGGUCCACCACCGUCAACAUCACACUCACCGACGUCAACGACAAUCCACCCAGGUUUCCUCAAAAAAACUACCAGCUCUACGUCCCUGAGUCUGCUCAGGUUGGGAAAGCUGUGGGAAAAAUCAAAGCCAAUGACGAAGACCUCGGAAUCAACGCAGAGAUGGAGUACAAGAUCACCAACGAGGAAGGGGCGGCCAUGUUUUCCAUCUCUGCUGACAGUGACAAGAGAGAGGGGGUCAUCUCCCUGAAAAAGCAUCUGGAUUAUGAGAAGAAGAAGGCCUACACUUUAAGCAUCGAGGGAGCGAAUACACACCUGGACCCUCGUUUCUCGCACCUCGGCCCGUUCAAAGACACCACCACUCUGAAGAUCAUCGUCGGGGACGUGGACGAAGCUCCGAUCUUUCCUAUGGAUUAUUACAUCAUGGACGUCUACGAGAACGCGCCGGCCGGCACGGACGUCGGCGUUGUGACGGCUCAAGACCCCGACAACGCCAGGGGAAAAAUCAGGUACUCCAUCGACGAGAGCGCAGAUGGAGAGAUGCUUUUCAGCAUCGAUGAGAACAGCGGCCUCAUUAAAACCACGGCGAGUCUGGAUCGAGAGGGCGUGGCCUGGCACAACAUCACUGUCAGUGCUGCAGAGGUUGACAAUCCCAAGUUGGUGAGCUUCGUCCAGGUCACAGUUCAAGUCCUGGACGUUAACGACAACACGCCGUACGUCCAGACUGACAGUGACAUCAUCGUGUGUGAGAGUACCAAAGCGGGCCAGGUUAUCCAGACCAUCAGGGCUACAGACAGGGACAACUUUGCCAAUGGACGCUUUUCCUUCACUCUGCCAGCAGACGUUCCUGCCAAUCCAAACUUCACCCUCAAGGAUAAUGACGACAGCAGUGCGAGUAUCGUGGCCCGGCGCUCGGGCUUCAGUCGGGCCGAUCAGGAGCUCCAUCAACUGGCCGUGGUGGUGUGGGACGGAGGAGAGCCGGCACUCAGCAGCACCACCACCCUCACUCUGCGUGUGUGUCCAUGCCAACGCGGCCUCCGAUCACCGACCUGCCGACCCCAGGCCUUCUUCUCCUCUGCCGGCCUCAGCACAGGGGCUCUCAUCGCCAUCCUGCUCUGCAUCCUCAUCCUGCUGGCCAUCGUGGUGUUGUUCGUUACCCUGCGGAGCAAAAAGAGCAAAAAAGAGACGCUGAUCAUUUCCGAGGAGGACAUCAGAGAGAACGUGGUGACGUACGACGAUGAAGGCGGAGGCGAGGAGGACACCGAGGCCUUCGACAUGGCGGCUCUGAGGAACCCCGAGGCCGCGGCGGAGGCUCGUAAAAAAUGUAAGAGGAGGAAAGAGGAGGCGCAGUGUGAGCAGUUCGGGGCCGUAGGGGUGGAGACGCUGAGCCCGUCCCUGUCCCUGCCCGUUCAGGACAUCCAGGAAGUCAUCCAGCUGAAGGUAGUGGAGGCGGAUCAAGACACCAGCGGGCCGCCGUACGACUCGCUGCAGACGUACGCGUACGAAGGUCAGGGCUCUCCGUCCGGCUCCAUCAGCUCUCUGGACCUUCCUGAUCCUCCGUAUGAACCCGAAACGCUCGACCUGGACGCCUCGUGGCCUGACGUUCACUCACUCGCAACGCUUUUCCAGGAGAGAAGCGGUCAGCACACGCUCUAGUGCCGCUCGCGGAAGCUAAACGAAGUGAGUGAAUCAAAUCACCCCCCCCCCAAAAAAAAGGAAAGGUUUGUAUACUGGUUUAUUCCUCAGGUACGUGCCCCUGAAAUCAUAACGGGUGUUUCAGAGCUUCUUGUACCUCUGCCUUAGCGUUAUGGACACCAAUACGGUAAUAAACAACAAACUAGAAAAAUAUAUAUUUUUCAAAAAUAUAGUUUUGGAGAUAUUCCUAUUUUAAUUGUACAGUUCAUAACUAGAGCGGAAUCGAUUUUUUUAUUUUCGAUGACUCAUCCUGUACUUGUCUUGUGUU